AUGUCGAAAGCAAAAGAUUUCUAUUGGUCGGAUGAAAUGGUCAGGACAACUGAAGAAAUACAGGAGUGUUCAUUGCAAACCGGUGGAGACAAAUUUGGCUGUAUUCACCCUCCACUAAUCAGAAUCCCACUAUGCAAUGUUGUUCCUGAUGAAUUACAUCUAAUGCUCAGAAUAACAGGUAUUAUAAAUAUUAAUUGUACUGUAUUUUCAUGUUUUCAUUGGCUAAAAGCCUACAAAUAGUUUUAGGUAUUUGUAGGUGCCCACAGUAAUAUGUAGAGGUUAUUGGACAGAGCCCGAUAUAUUUCAGCGGUGCUUUGUGUGAAAGUACAAAUUGGUGUGAAAUUUUGUUAAAAGUUAUUGAAUUAAUGAAUUGUAAUUUUGUUUUGAUUUUUGUUUGUUUUAUUUGUUACUGUUACAGAAUUCAUAAGAAGCCAAUUGUUAGAUUUGGCUUGUACGCAGGAUAUGCAGAAUGAUUCAGACCAGGUCAAUGUUAUCUGCCUCAGCCUUCGGCAGAUAAUGUUAACAUCGGUCUGAAUAAUUCUGGUUACCCUGCUCAAACUCGUCCAAUAAUUGUUAAUAAUAUGCUAUAUAUAACGAAUGCUUGCAUGUCAUUGAUUUUACACACCCUAUGAUCAAUUUAGAUGAUUUAAUAAUAUUUCAAUUUUCCACAUAUAAGAAUGUUUUAUGCUGUGAACAAAAUUAUGUGUGACAAAGUCUACAUUAUAAUAAAUAUCUAAUAAAAUACACAGUACAGAAUAUAAUUCAUUUUAUAUAUUAUAGACAAACUUGAAAAAAACCUCAUUCAUAGCAUUUUAAGAAGAGAUAAACUGGCAGAGAGGGGCAAUCAAAGGAUUGAGAAGAAUGUUUAUCAGCAUAAGCUUCUUCAAGCUAUGAAGAAAUGUGGGGUCACAUUCAGUAUAUGGAACAAGCCAGAUGAGAAUGGGAACCUCACUGAUAAAUAUGACUGGACCAGCCUAAUGGGGGCUGAUAAAAAACCUUCCUUUACAACCUUCCCGACUCAUUUGCAGAAUUUGUUUCCCCAGAUAACCUUGAAACUGUGA